AUGGAAAACUCGGCCACCUCCAGAAUCUGCGCCCACGAUCAGGAAGCGACGUCGUUUAGUUGUAGUUGGACUUCCUCCAUGGACGAUCUCAUCAUGUUUGACACUACAGCAGCAACAACAUCAGACGACUACUACAAUCGCGGGAUCUUUUCUUCUUCUUCUUUUUCUUCUUUGAACAAUUAUUGUUCUCCGGAGGCCGAUGGUGAUCUUGAUGACACUGCAACUUCUUCUCCUCAUCCUUCCAUUCCCGCGAUGGGUGAGCUUAAUAAAAAGCAAACGAAUAAGAAGAUGGAUCAAAUGAUGAUCACUGAAGCAAAGAAACACAAGGAGGGAAAAGGAAGUGAAUGUGAAGAAUGUGGGGAGAUUGAAGAUAGAAUUGAAGUGGGUUUUGUAGGGAGGGAUAAUAAGAACUGCAGCACAGGACUUAAGCAUAUAGGCCUUUGUUUAGUUCCUGUCACCAUGGUUGUCAAUUAUUUUGGUUAG